AUGCUGCAGCAGCUGCGCUGCUGGGUGAUGCAAGCGUUCUUUGCGAUGGUGCAGCACUGCGAAGGCCCCUAUGGCCGCCGCAUGGCGCGCUCGGCCGCGCAGCUCGCGGCGACAGAUCUGGAUGGGGAGAGGACCGCGCGGCCGACCGCGCGGUGUUCUGCGGUGUUCUGCGGCUCGUCCAAAGUUCGACUCUGGAGGACGAUGAAGGAGGAUUUAGCGCCCUACGAGCUGCUGAACCGUGGCUUCGGCGGCGCGCGCUCUUGCGAUCUGGUCGCGGCGAUGGAGCCACUGGUGCUGCGCCACCGGCCGCCAGCGGUCGUCUACUAUUGUGGCAUCAACGACCUCCACUUCGGCGCUCAGGCGGAGGUGCCGGCACAGGGUCUUCGGCUCUUCGCCACGAGGCUCCGAGACGCCUUGCCGGAGACGCGGCUGCUGGUGCUCGCCAUGAACCUCUCACCGCUACACUUCGCACUGGGGCUCGUGGACAAGAUCCGGCGCGGCAACCAACUAAUGAAGGAGCUCGCCGACGAGCUGGGCUUUCAAUUUGUGGACCUCUUCGCACAGGAGCCUCGCUUUGCCUGCGACACACAGCUGUACUGCUGGGAUUUGCUCCAUUUGACUCCUGCGGGCUAUCAGCUCUUAGCCGAGCUUCUUAAGCCACACCUAGCGGUGCUGCUGGGAGAAAACAGAGCUGGUGCGGCUGUGGUGUCCUUCGGUGCAGCUGUGGUGUCGUCCUUCGGCACCGGGAUGGACCGAGCUGGGAUCCGCAGACGACACAUCCGCUUCGGAUGCGGCUCUAUGCGCACGCUGAAAAACCGCAGUGCCGCCGUGCUUACCGGUGGCGCCGCGGUGGUGCCGGUAUUUGGUAUAUUGCACGAUCCUCUACGAAAGAAACAGGCCUUCGGACCUGCACCACAUCGGCUGGCCGAGCGUUUUUUCGCAGUUCGUGAAAAGCGUGGCCACCUCCAGACGUCGACCGGAUUCGGGUCCGCCCGCCAUUUCCAGCUCCACGCUGACGGAACAAAGGUCACUGCAUGGACCGCUUCUUUCUGCGUGGACCGCUCGCUCCCGGUCCGGGAGUCGGACAUCUGCGAGGAUGGCAAGGUCACCUGCCAGACGGACAGCUUUUGGCCCUGCCAACGGUCGCAGGUCUUGAAAGAUGAGGAGUGCCCGACCGAUCGGGAUUGGGAGAUAUUGGGAGAGUGCUGUGCCGACGCCGGCACCUGCGCGGCGUUCCUGAACUCCUCUGCCAAUGCCACUGGAUGUGCAGAAGGUUAUGUGCCUCUGCAUGCUCCACCUGAGUUCUGUGCACGACCGGUGUGCACCAGCAGCGACUGCUGCCUGAGGAGCGCGGAGCCCGUGGGGAAUCUGCUUCUGAGCUUCAACACUUGGGACUCCAUCCAGGUGUCGUGGGAGGUGCCCCAGCUGCACGACUGCGUCUUCCAAGAGUAUCAGGUUCAGCUGGCCCUCGAGAACGGCACGAACGUGACGAAUGCCACGUGGCAGGAUGCUCAGGGCUGUCAGCUGAAAGACUCCUGCGGAGCCAGUUGUGUGGCGCGGGGGCCUAUCGGGCCUGGCGGGGCCAUGGGAGUGCUUUGGAAGAUUUUAGAGCCACAGAGCUUUGAGGCCUCUCUGCUGGUGCCGCCGGAGACGAGUUUGAAGGAGCUUCGGCAGCUCGCGCAGCAGCAGAUGCAGGUGGGCAUUGCCUCGUUGGUGACGGCCGGGGGUCUCGUCUUGUUCGACAGCAGCGCCUUCCCCGUCGCGGAGCUCCAGGGCGAAACCCUCCAGGUCGUGGCGCGGCGCGGGGCGCUCUGCUCCAAUGGCUACUCCAGGGCUUUCGUGCACUUGGGCCCCACGGGUUCCGUGCGUGCCUGGGGCGCUGCCGCCUAUGGUGGUGAGCUGCCAGAGGGGCUCAUCGAACAGUUGAAGGACGUCCAGCAGGUGCAGCAUGCCUGCGCCUUCUUCCAGGCGGGCGCCUUCGCAGCCAUCAAGAGCGACGGCUCGGUGGUCACUUGGGGCGAGAAGGCAUUUGGGGGUGACAGUCGCCAUGUUCAGGAGCAGCUUCACCAGAUCGAGGCCAUUCAGUCCUCGCUCUACGCCUUCGCGGCGCUCCGGCGCGACGGCCGCGUUGUCGCCUGGGGCGACCCGGCCUCCGGCGGACACCUGCAGGAGUCAUUGACAGAGGUGAUAGCGAUCCAAGCGACCGAGAAGGCCUUUGCUGCAAUCAAGCGCGAUGGAACAGUGGUCUGCUGGGGAGACCCUGCACGUGGAGGCGACUGUUGCCAGGUGCAGCAAGCCUUGCAACAGGUGCGCUGCAUCCAGGCUGCCACCGGCGCCUUUGCCGCCAUCUGCGGCGGCGACGGCGAACGUGGCGGUCGUGUGGUCUGCUGGGGCGACGUGCAGCACGGCGGCGCACAGCACGGGGGUGAGAUGCAGAAUGUGAUCGCCAUCCAGGCGACCUCCACGGCCUUUGCGGCGAUCCUGGCGAACGGCCGCGUGCGGACGUGGGGCGACCGCUUCCGAGGCGGCGACAGCGCGUUGGUGCAGGAUCAGCUGUUGGAUGUGCUCUUUCUGCAGAGCACUGCGGGUGCUUUCGCCGCGCUCACGGCCGCCGGUCGGGUCGUUUGCUGGGGCGACGCCACACGCGGGGGUGAGAACAGCGCCGUGCGGGCGCAGCUCCACGACGUGGUGGCGCUCCAGGCGACCUUCUCGGCCUUCUGCGCGCUGAAGUGCGAUGGCACCGUGGUCACCUGGGGCGACCCGGUGCGGGGCGGCGACGCGCGGCGAGUCCAAGAGGAGCUGCGAGAGGUGCAGCAGAUCCAGGCCUCCGGCGCAGCCUUUGCGGCCAUCCGCGGUGAUGGGAAGGUGGUGACCUGGGGCGACGCAGCGCGCGGCGGCGACGCGGCGGCCGUGCAAGAGAAGCUGGUGAACGUUGAGUCCAUCCAGGCCUCCACCUCAGCCUUCGCAGCCCUACGCAGCGAUGGCUGGGUGGUGACCUGGGGCUCAUCGGACUGCGGGGGAGACUGCCGCAACGCUUUGACCGGUGAAGUCGGUUCCGCAGUGAGUUUUCGAACCUCUGACAUGGUGGAUUGA